UGAAGGUCCUUUCAUGCAUGUCAUCGCUAAAAAUGGCGGACGAUCAAGCCCAGUUCGAGCUGUUAUUGGUGAAUCUUAUGAGUUCUGAUAACGACACACGUGUCAAAUCAGAGGAAGUUUAUAAUGCUAUAGACAAUAUUAAGAAAUUGGAAUUAUUACUACGUAGUUUGAGAAAUGGCAGCACCAGUUUGGAGAAUCGCAGCAUGUCCUGCAUUCUGUUACGCAGACUCUUCUGUAAUGAAUUUACAGAAGUAUGGCCGACCCUUGAACCAGACAUACAGAACAGCAUCAAAGCACAGUUGAUGAUGGCAAUAAGAGAGGAGUUAAGUCCCCCUGUUCGGAAAAAAAUUUGUGAAGUUGUAGCAGAACUGGCUAGAAAUCUGAUAGGUGAAGAAAAUGACAUGAUGUGGCCUGAAGUUUUAAAGUUUAUGUUUGAAUGUGCUAGUUCACCUGAACCAGGUCUACGGGAGUCGGCACUUACCAUCUUUAGUUCUGUACCAACUAUAUUUGGUAAUCAACAAGCUCAUUAUCUAGAUGUUAUUAAACAAAUGUUAUUACAAUGUUUACAAGAUCGUGCUCAUCCAAUGGUUUGUUUUAUGGCGGUGAAGUGUUUAUCAGCAUUUGUUAUAGCUAAUGAUAAAGAUCAGACAAUUUUAAAUCAUUAUAAAGACUUGGUUCCUGCCAUGAUGGACGCCAUGGUUGAUAGUGUUAGUGCACAAGAUGAUGAUGACCUCUUAAAGUGCCUGAUAGAACUGGCAGAAAGUACUCCCAAAUUCCUUCGACCACAGAUGGAAAAUAUUAUCCCCUUUUGUUUGAAGGUUUUAUCUGAUGCUAAUCUUGGAGAUCAAUGGAGACAGUUGGCUAUGGAAGCCAUUGUUACCUUAUCCGAGACAGCACCAGCUAUGGUCAGAAAGUUUGGAAAAUUUAUUCCAUUGCUUGUUCCUCAGAUUUUAGCGUUAAUGGUGGAUCUAGAGGAAGAAGAUGACUGGGCUGUUCAAGAUGAUCAAGAUGACGAAGAUAAUGACAGUAAUUCUGUAGCUGCUGAAAGUGCUUUAGAUCGAUUGGCCUGUGCUUUAGGUGGUAAAACUAUGUUACCACAUAUCUUAGCUAACAUUCCACAGAUGUUGGCCAGUGAUGAUUGGCGAUAUAGACAUGCCGCUCUGAUGGCGAUAUCAGCAUGUGGUGAGGGUUGUCACACUCAUAUGGAACAGAUGUUACAGAAUAUAACAGAUGGCAUUCUACCAUUCUUUAAGGAUCCUCACCCGCGAGUACGUUUUGCGACCUGUAACGCAGUUGGCCAGAUGUGUACAGAUUUCGGACCAACAUUUCAAAAGAAAUUUCAUGAAAAGCUUGUUGCAGAGCUUCUACAUAUUAUGGAUGAUGAUGCUAAUCCCCGUGUGCAGGCGCACGGUGCAGCUGCCUUGGUGAACUUCAGUGAAGAUUGUCCAAAGAAUAUUUUAGUCCAGUAUCUUGAUCCGAUUGUACAGAAAUUAGAACAAGUUUUAUCCAGGAAGUUUAAAGAGUUAUUAGAGAAAGUGUUGAUAUUGAUAUAUUAG